AUGAAUAGUACUGCAGCGAGCCCAGUGCCCACUGCGACGUCAAGUGCUGGAAGAGGCACAGGGAAGCCCAUAAGCUUUGCGGUUGAAUUACAGAGUAUGAUGUUUUCUUUAGGAGAUGCCAGGAGGCCUCUUCAUGAAACAGCAGUUUUGGUAGAAGAUGUGGUUCACACUCAGCUAAUUAAUCUGUUACAGCAAGCUGCAGAAAUUUCUCAGCUGAGAGGAGCAAAGGUGAUCUCUGCGGAAGAUCUUUUGUUUUUGAUGCGCAAGGAUAAGAAAAAACUUAGAAGACUGCUAAAAUACAUGUUCUUCCGAGACUACAAAUCAAAAAUUGUUAAAGGCAUAGAUGAGGAUGAACUUCUGGAAGACAAACUGACUGGCAGCAGCAAUACGAACAAAAGGCAAAAGCUUGCUCAAGAGUUUCUCAGCUCCAUUGACCAGACAGGAGAACUGUUAGCAAUGCUUGAAGACGAUGACGUUGAUGAAGUGAAACAGGAGAGAAUGGAGAGAGCAGAAAGACAAACCAGAAUGAUGGAUUCAGCGCAAUAUGCAGAAUUUUGUGAAAGUCGGCAAUUAAGUUUCUCCAAAAAGGCCUCCAAAUUCCGAGACUGGUUGGACUGCAGCAGUCUGGAGAUAAAGCCCAACGCUGUGGCGAUGGAAAUUUUAGCGUACUUGGCAUACGAAACCGUGGCACAGUUGGUGGAUCUGGCUCUUCUUGUUCGGCAGGACACGGUCACCAAGGCGGGGGACCCUUUCAGCCACGCCAUUUCUGCAACGUUCAUUCAGUAUCACAGCUCUGCCGAGAGUUCCUAUGUGAAGUCUAAUCCAGAUUCCCCCGAGAACACUCCUCCUGCCACCCCGACAGCUCCAAGUGGAUCCCAGCACACAGGGAAAGCGAUGUCCGGACCCCUGGGCAACGGGAGUGCUGGACAAGACUCCACAAAAAGCAAACAGAGGAAAAGGAAGAAGAGCACUGCGGCCUGUGGUGUUGAGGCUCCCAGCGAUGCCAUCCAGCCCUGCCACAUCAGAGAGGCCAUUCGACGCUACGGCCACAAGGUUGGCCCCCUCUCCCCAUUCACAAUUUCUUCCUUGACAGAGCGCCUACCGCAGAAAUGGGAUGGCUUUCCUGGCCUGCUGAGGUGGCGGCGACAGUGACAAUGGGAAGAGGCGACGUUCAGGUGAUUCUUUCUCCCCUCCUGGGACAAAACGAGCCCCAGCUCACCUGCUCCGCAGCCCAGGCAGGGCCCAGUUUGUUGUGACUCUGGCUCCCUUCCGACCCCCUCAGCCUUUCACCCUGUAGAGCGGCCGUUUAGCUAAUUAAUGGCAGGAUGUGUGUGUAGGUGGACAAGAACGCAGAUCACAUAAUUUUGAAAUUUUAACUUGGAAAAAAGGAUUAACUGCCGUCAGCUCGCAUAUCUUGAAAGCGGUGUUUAGUCCCCCUUAUGGUUUAGUCCGUUUCAGUCCUUACAUUUUGUAAUCCAGGUGCGGGGCCAAAGAAGCAAAGUGAAAAGGACCACUUCUGUCUCCCAUCACCCCACCAAGUGUACUUCUGGCGGUUGGUGACCGUGUACCUGUCCAAGGGACAUUUAAAACGUGUCUGGGAAACCCCACUGCCUUUUAAAUUCCAUCCGUCCGCGGACUCUUUGAAGCUCCCUCGUUUUCUAGAGCGAAUUAUCUGUCUUGGAAACCCACCCAUCAAGACCUGAUGGUUCUCUCUCCUUUGUCCCAUCUGAUGGGCUGCUCCCCGCAAGGUCCCCAGUUCCAAACCACCUGCUACUCCAAGGGGGCGAAAUGAGACUCUGUACCCUUAAAGACUUACGGCCUCAGCUACCCCAGGUGCAGUUUUACUCUAACUGUUGUUGUCCUACUUCUAGGACAGGUAUAAUUUUUCAGUGCUGCUUCUCAGCUUCUUGCAUAGCUGCCUAGCCAGGUAUGGUUUUGCUCACAUCCAGUGUUUUCCUCCCUCCUCUCCCAGUCCCUCCAUCCCCAGGCCCUCCGCCCCCACCCCACGCCCCUGAGAAGGCGCAGCAUGAGCAUCAGUGAAAGAAGGGAAGUGUCAGACUGGCAAGGCAGCCUGGGUCAUUUCCUGGUUUGCUCCUGAGCCACCCGUCAGCCAUCUCCACUCUCUACCACCUGAGGGGCUGUCACUCGCCAACAAACCAAUGUGCCGCAGGUGCGAUCGUACAGCUUCUGACCCAAGGCCAGUGGCCGAAAUAAAGGGAUGUUGUUGCUUUAAUUUGACAGGAGUUUUGUGCCACACUGUUUUGAUCAUGGUUUUGUGCCCAGUGAAGCAGCUGUAGUAAGGAUUAAUAAAGACAGAAGUGAGAAACAUGAAGGAUGUCUUCUUGUGACCCAAUCGAUUGGAAGCCCCCCUUAAGAUGACUGUGCCACACUGUUCACAUUGGUCACCUGUCACUUACCUGUGCUCUGUUGGUCCUUCUGGGGGCAAGUGGCCAGCCCGGAACAAAACGACGCGGAUAGAAAACAUCAAGAAAUUGCCAAACAGUUUUGUUGUUCCAUCUGUGCUUGUUGAAAUGUAUGAUUAAACUUCGCUUUUUAUUGUA